CGUUACAACCUCUACAACACGCGCGCGCUCCAAGAGGCUCUUCUCGAUUGUUUGUAGUGUUUGAUUUGUUUAUUAAUAUUUUAUUGUUGUAUAUUUUGGUCAAGCGCAUUUUUGGUUAGAUAUGGUUUUGCUGAAGAAUGUCAGUCCACCCAGCGAAGGUAUACGUUACCAGCAAGCAGAAACUACGGCGGUAUUGGACGGGAAGGGACUUGGUUCGGGAACCCUCUAUGUUGCAGAAGCGCGUUUAUCCUGGUUUGAUGGCUCUGGCAAUGGGUUUUCUUUGGAAUAUCCGUCAAUCAGCCUGCAUGCAAUAUCUCGGGACCUUAGCGCUUACCCACAGGAGCACUUGUAUGUCAUGGUCAAUUGCAAGCUGAACGAUGAAGAACCCAAAGAAUUAACAAUGAGUGAGAAAACGGAUGAUGAGGAGGAGGAGGAGGAAGAGGAAGAGGAUGACAGUGAUCCUAUAUCAGAAAUAAGAUUUGUACCAAGUGAUAAAGCUGCAUUGGAACCGUUGUUCUCUGCCAUGUGUGAAUGCCAGGCUCUGCAUCCUGAUCCAGAUGAUGAAGACUCUGAUGAUGAUUUUGAGGGAGAUGAGUAUGAUGUUGAAGAAGCAGAACAAGGCCAUGGUGACAUUCCUACUUUCUACACUUACGAGGAAGGCCUUUCACAUUUAACUUCAGAGGGUCAGGCAACACUGGAGAGAUUGGAGGGUAUGUUGGCAGAGUCAGUUGCCCAGCAAUACCACAUGGCAGGUGUAAGGACGGAAACUACUUCACCCGAGUUUGAUGAUGGCAUGGAGGUGGAUACAGGUACAGCAGAGGCCGGACAGUUUGAAGAUGCAGAUGUUGAUCACUGAUAAUACUGGCACUUGUACGAGCCACUGUUCAAGCAGAAGAUGAGAUGUUAUUUUAAAGCCUGGAAUUGGUGAGGGUCAGAUAUGAAGAGCACUCUCUUUGCCCACUAUGAACUUUUUACACUUUUUGUAUUUAACUGUCAAAGCCUUAAGUUGAUUAUAAUUAUUUGUAUUUUAUGUUGAUCCUUGGAAAAAACAAAUAGUAUUCCCUACUUACUGAUGGAAAGACUUCUUAAAUAAAAAUAGUUUUUGUAUUUAACAAGAAAAACGCCUGCCCAGCUGGAUAUUGUGAAUAUCAGUCCUUGCUACCUUCCUGGGGAUGGGGGAUGGAAGAAAAAUACAGUGCUUUUAUAUUUUUUUUUUUGGUGUGAUGUUUAACACAGUUGCUGUAAUAUGCUAUAUUUAAUUUUUACAAAGUGAUAAUUGUGCAAAAGAAUAUUUGGAUUAUGGACAUACAGCAACUGAAAACAUGAGACAUUGUAUCAUAGUUUAGCAUUGAAAUAUCUUCCGAAAGUUUUUAAUUUAAGCUCUGAUGUAGGUUCAGCAAUUAGAUAUUUAAUUGCACUACACUGGAAAAAAAUGUCAGAUAGCAUGUUUACAAUGAAAAUAGCUAAAUAAACUGUAAAUUUUGGUCUGAAAUGGUUUUAUUAGCUCAACCAGUUGAAAAUGUAGUGGUAAAUUUGGUAACCAAAUGACAGAAUUUUUAUAAUCAUGAGAACAUUGCCUAAAAAGGCUUACAGUCGCCAUAAAUAUCCCCAGACAGUAAGGCUUCUUGUAUUUGACUUUUGAAUUGUAGCAACAUUUCCCAAAUGGAAAACUUCUGUAGUACCUGGAGACAAUUAAUAGGAGUGUGGAAAAAUGUGCCAAAUUCAGACUGAUUGUAACCUAACAUAGAACUGAACAAUAGCAUAAAGCAACAUCACUAACCAUUGCAAUGCUUUUAUGUUUCACAACUACAAGCUUUACAGGAAAAAUGGCAAAUUGGUGACGUUAACAAGCAGCCCUCAUUCAGAUUUUAAUUCUGAUUCAUGUGAAGCGUACUCCAGAAAUGUACACUUUAAAGUAUUCUGCUUCAUUUGUCUCCAGUAUGAGAUACCAUGCCUGUUCUUCCUCAUUGAUAUCACCCCCGUUUUGAUAUACUACUGGUAAGCCCAUUUAUGAUACCAAACUUGCCUUUGAGACCAGUUUGUUUUUUUUUUUCUCUAUGUGCCCACAUAGCACCCCUAAACUGAGAUCCAGGGGAACAAUAAGUAAUAUUCUAGCCUGUUACAAUAAGUUUGACAUACCUGUUGUGUUGCUGUUAUUUGUACAGGUUAGAUAAAGCGAGUCUGACAUGAAAAGAAUACAUUUUUUUCUCUAGCUGCAGUGUUUGACGCAGUCUCCUUACUUACUGAAAGAACACAGCAGAAAAGUAUCAAAAUGAUAUAAACACAAAAGGAGAUUCCAUCAGGUGUUGACUCAGGAUGCAAGUAAGCACUUUUUUUCCUUCGUCCACCUAAGUCUUCCCAAAGUACAUUUAUUGUAAAAAUUGAACAGUUUUGUAAAGAGACAGUUUUAAAGACAAUAACAUUUUCUGGUCCUUAAAUGUAAAGAUAGGCAAAGAACCUCUGAUGGGGCAUGAUUUGAAAAGAGCAUUAUCUGCAAAUAGCACUGCCCUUUUAAGACGUAGUUGUGUGCAUUUCUGUUUCAAUAAAGAUUUUCCUAGCAUGAA